AUGCCAACAGCAAUAUUAAAGGAGCUGCUGGAAUAUCUGGCAAAUGACUGUAUCGGGAGCUCAGAGGGACAUCUGAUCUCUUCAGCUUUUAAAGCAAAUGGUCAUGGUCUCGCACAAGACACAUAUGAAGAGCAUGCCACUAUCUCGGAUAUACCCUCAGCUCUUCACAGCCAAAAUUGCUCGUUUGAUCCAUUUAAACCUCUUCUAUCUUCUGGUUCAUCACAAACUGUAAAGCAGAAACAAAGUCACAGAAGGGGUAUUAAAGAUCAAAGAAUGCACACAAGGAAGAAGACAAUUUCAUGCUUACAAUGUGGGAAAUGUUUUACUUGGAAAUCACAACUUGUUGAACAUCAAAAAACUCACACAGGAGAGAAGCCAUUUUCAUGUUUAGAAUGUGGGAAAUGUUUUACACACACAACAACACUUGUUGGACAUCAAAGAAUUCACACAGGAGAAAAGCCAUUUUCAUGCCAAGAAUGUGGGAAAUGUUUUACUUGGAAAGCACAUCUUGUUGGACAUCAGAGAAUUCACACAGGGGAGAUGCCGUUUUCAUGUGAAGAAUGUGGGAAAUAUUUUACACACAAAACAACACUUGUUGCACAUCAAAGAAUUCACACAGGGGUGAAGCAAUUUUCAUGUUCAGAAUGUGGAAAAUGCUUUGCACAGAAAGCAACACUUGUUGUACAUCUAAGAACUCACACGGGAGAUAAGCCAUUUUCAUGUCCAGAAUGUGAGAAAUGUUUUACUUUGAAACACCAACUUGUUAAACAUCAACAUACUCACACAGGGGUGAAGCCAUUUUCAUGUUCAGAAUGUGGAAAAUGUUUUACCUGGAAAUCACAACUUGAUAAACAUCAACGAAUUCACACAGGGGAGACGCCGUUUGCAUGUGAAGAAUGUGGGAAAUGUUUUACACACAAAACAACACUUGUUGGACAUCGAAGAAUUCACACAGGGGAGAAGCCAUUUUCAUGUUCAGAAUGUGGGAAAUGUUUUACAUACAAAACAACACUUGUUGUUCAUCAAAGAACUCACACAGGAGAUAAGCCAUUUUCAUGUGCAGAAUGUGGGAAAUGUUUUGCUUGGAAACAACAACUUGUUAAACAUCAACAAACUCACACAGGGGAAAAGCCAAUUUCAUGUUAAGAAUGUGGGAAAUUUUUCUUAAAAAAAGAAAAUCCUUGUUGAACAUCUGAAAAUUCACAAAGGCAAUACGCCAUUUUAUGUCUAGAAUGUGGGAAAUACUUCACUUUUAAAUCACAAAUUUUCGAACAUCAAUGAACUCACACAGGAGAGAAGCCGUUUUGAUACCAAAAAUGUGGGGAAUUUUAUGGUAAUAGAUCAAACCUUGUUAGACCCCAAAGAACUCACAGAAGGGGAAUAGCCAUUUUUCAUGUCAAGAAUGUGGGGAAUGUUCUUCCCAUAAAUCAGUCCAUUUUUGGAAGAAUUCGUUCAGAAUUUACACAGAAGUGAAGCCAUUUUCAUGCACUAUAUGUGGAAAAUGUUUUACCCAAACGUCUAAUCCAAAUUCACAUCAUGGAACUCACAUUGGAAAAACAGUUAAUAUCCAGAAUGUAGGAAA